CAAAGCAAUUAGAAAACACCAACAAGCAAAAUCCUAGUAUCAAUUUCUACUCUCUCACUCUCAUUCCUUUCUCAAUCAUCUUCCAAUUCUCAAAUCCUUCGCUCCCACCCAAAACAAACACCCGCGAAUUUUCCCUCUUUGCCUCUUCUUCCUAUUAUCUUUUCGUAUUGCAUUAAUCUCGUCGCCGGUGCAAUUCUCCGGCGAGUUCUCUGCUCAAUCUCAGGUCUGUGUAUGUUUGGUAGAAUGAAACCGGUUAAAGAAGAGCCGUCGUCAUGCAAUGCUUCACAAGCCAUUGACUUAGUUUCAGCGGUGAAGGAGUUACAUGGGCUUAACUCUCAGGAACUGGGUAAAUUAUUGAGGGACUCUGAAAAUUUUACCAUAAACUAUGGUACUGAAAAGGAAUCAAGUCUAAAGAUUGACGUUGAAAGGCUUGCCAGUUCUCUCCCUCUGCACCUUAUUGCAGUGCUUAUAUCAUCUGACAAAGAUGAAGCCCUAUGCAGAUACUUAACAUGUGGCGUCAGGCUCUUGCACUCCUUGUGUGAUUUAGCACCUCGAAAUGCCAAACUUGAACAGAUUUUGCUCGAUGAUGUAAAAGUGUCAGAACAGCUGCUUGACCUGGUGUUCUAUAUCCUCAUUGUUUUGGGUGGUUAUGAACAGAAAAAUAACAAUUUCAGUAUGGCACCGCUGAUGCAUUCUGCACUAGUGGCCUGCAGUUUACAUCUACUUACUGGAUGUAUAUCUUCACAGUGGCAAGAUCUGGUUCAAGUAUUGCUUGCACAUCCUAAGGUUGACAUAUUUAUGGAGGCAGCUUUUGGAGCAGUUCAUGUUUCCAUCAAGUUUCUCAACCUCAAGCUUUCAUCUCAACAUACCGAUUUCUAUACGAAAUCAAAUUUGACUAGUGAACAAAUAGUUCAUUCUCUCUGCCAGCAAUGUGAGGCCUCUUUACAGUUUCUCCAAUUGCUGUGCCAGCAAAAAUUGUUUCGGGAACGACUACUCAGGAAUAAGGAACUAUGUGGAAAAGGUGGUGUUCUCUUUCUGGCUCAAGCCAUCUUGAAGCUAAACAUUGCGCCUCAUUUUGUAGCAUCUGCUAGAAUAGUGGCUGCUGUAUCUAGGCUGAAAGCAAAAAUACUCUCAAUUCUGUUGAAUCUUUGUGAAGCAGAAAGCAUAUCUUACCUGGACGAAGUUGCCAGCUCCCCAGGCAGCCUGGAUUUGGCAAAGUCUGUUGCAUUGGAGAUUAUUGAGUUAUUGAAGUGUGCUCUGGGUAAAGAUCCCAGAUGUUUUGCUGCUUGUUCUGAUGGAAGUUAUCCGAUGGGGCUUGCCCAACUCAAUGCCAUGCGCCUAGCUGAUAUCUUAUCUGAUGAUUCAAACUUUCGAUCUUACAUUACAAUACAUUUUACAAAAGUGCUGACUGCAAUAUUUUCGCUCCCUCAUGGAGAUUUUUUAUCCAGUUGGUGUUCAUCUGUACUCCCUGUAAAGGAAGAAGAUGGCACUAUUGAGUAUGAUUCCUUUGCAACAGCUGGAUGGGUUUUGGAUGUAGUUUCAUCUAUUGAACUGCAUAAUGCACGAAGUUUAGAAUUUUCUGUAACUCGCAACAGUAUGACCCAGGCUUCUUAUGCACAUCAGAGAACAUCAUUAUUUGUGAAAAUAAUUGCAAACCUCCAUUGUUUCAUUCCCACUAUCUGUGAAGAACAGGAGAGGAACCUUUUUGCUAACAAGUUUAUGGAGUGCUUGCAAAUGGAUCCAUCUAACUCAUUGCCUGGAAUUUCCUUUGAUUCUGAUACUCUGAAAGCGGCAACUAUCAGCAGAAAUCUUUGUUCAUUGCUAAGUCAUGCCGAAUCUCUAAUUCCAAACUUUUUGAAUGAGGAGGAUGUACAGCUCCUGAGGGUUUUCUCUAAGCAAUUUGAAUCACUACUCACUCCAAUGGAGGAGAAGAAAUGUGAGGAGUUAAAAUAUUGGGAUAAAUUUGCUAAACUCAACAUCAGCGAACAUCAUCAGGAGGUUACUGGAGGAUGCUCACCACUACCUUCAAUAAGACAACUACCUCUUAGUUUUAGUCGAAGAAGUGGUAACUUGGAGGAAAUAAAGUCCGAGAAUUCUGCUUUUCAAGAUGUGGACCAAGUUGAUGUGAACAGUGAGCAUAUGGAUCAGAAGGAUGAUGCAAUGACGGAAGACAAAGGUACAUCUGCUAGAAGUGCAUCUGGACGAUUUACACCAAUCAACAGAGAUAUUCAUAAUGUUGAAACAAGUGGUUCAGACACAAGCGAAACAAGAGGUAAAAAUGCUGUUGAUCCAAUGGGAAACAGUGAAUUUCCAAAGUCAAGUGAACCCAUAGAAGAAAGUGGAUAUGGAGGAACUCGAGAGGAUGAAAAGAGUGAACCUCUUCAGUAUGAAGAAACGCAGAGAAGAAAACGGAAACGAACAAUAAUGAAUGAUGAACAGGUGGCGCUUGUGGAGAAAGCCCUAAUAGAUGAACCUGAUAUGCAGCGCAAUGCAGCAUCACUACAAUCAUGGGCUGAUAAAUUAAGUUCUCAUGGUUCCGAUGUGACAUCUUCACAGCUAAAAAAUUGGCUGAACAAUCGAAAAGCCAGGCUGGCCCGUACAAAGGAUGUUCGUGCAGUACCAGAGUUCAAUGCACUACCAGAUAAGCAAGGUGUGCAAGGACUGAGGUCCAACAACUCAGCCGAGAGCCCUAUUGGAAAUGCUUCUGCACAACUAAAUGUGAGGAGUGAUCCUCAAAUGAAGCUGAAUAGUAGUGUAGUCCAGAUCUCUGGGACAAAAGCAGCAGAAGCUAUUGCCCGUGGUCCUUCAGAAUUUGUUCCAUGCAAGCAAGGUGACUGUGUUUUGCUUAAAUAUAAUAACGGAGAGGAGGUUGGCAUAGGAAAGGUGUUUCAGGCAAGUGGCCAAUGGUUUGGGAGGAACUUGGAGGAGUUGAGGGCAUAUGUUGUGGAUAUCAAAGAGCUUAAAGUUAGAAGAGCAAUGAAGCUUCCAUACCCAUCUAUGGCCACAGGUGGUUCAUUUGAGGAGGCUGAAACAAAGAUUGGCUUAAUGAGAGUGUUAUGGGAUUCAAGCAAGACUUUCAAAUUGCCUCCUCUAAGGUUAAGUUAAAUGCCCUUGUAGAAGUCGUUUUGUCCCUUUUAGAAAUGGAACCACAUUAAUGAUGCUCCAGAUAAUCAAAAUGUGUAGAUGAUCUUUUAGGAUGCAGAGUUCAUUCACUUCAUUUGUACCUUAAACUUCUAUUGAAUCAUUAUGCAUGGGCUUUCUUAGCAUUCCCAA